AUGCCGGAAGCAUCGUCUGAAGCGGUACCUGCCAUCAAGUCCAUCUUUCAAGGACGCUUCUUACUAACGAAGCUUCUCGGCAAGGGUGGUUUUGGCGAAGUCUACGCGGCCGUGCAGACAUCCAACAAUGAGGUUGUGGCCGUGAAGAUGGAAAAGAAUAACGGCCGCAGCUCGUUUCUCUUUCACGAGGCACGCGUGAUGCAGGACAUUCAGAAGACCCCCACGAAGGAUGGCAUCUCCGGCAUUGCGACACUCAAGUACUUUGGACAGGAGGGAGACUACCGCAUGUUGAUCAUGUCCAUGCACGGCGCGUCGCUGGAGGACAUUCACGAGAAGUUGGGCCGCUUCUCUCUGAAGACCGCUGUUAUGCUUGUGAGUCAGAUGCUGGCACGCCUCGAGUACAUCCACUCUGCAGGCUACGUCCACCGUGACCUCAAGACGGACAACUUUCUUGUGGGUAAGGGCUCCUUCUCAAAUCGAAUCUUCAUGAUCGACUUUGGCCUGAGCUCCAAGUUCAUAGGCUCCGAUGGCAAGCACCGUGAGAUAUCUACUGGCCGGUACUUCCUGGGCACCUCUCGGUUCGCCUCGCUGCGGACGCAUCAGGGAUACUCGCAGAGUCGCCGCGACGACCUGGAGCAGCUAGUGUACAUCAUGAUUUACAUGUAUCGUGGUCGUCUGCCGUGGUCGGGCCUCAACAUCAAGGAUCUGUCGGCCAAGGAGCGCAAGAUCGGCCAAAUCAAGGCGGAUUUAAGCUACAGCCAGAUUUGCGCUAAGUGCCCGCAAGAGUUUGAGCACCUGUUAUUCUACGCCCGAAACAUGGAGUUUGCAGAGACCCCUCAGUAUGACAUGUGCCACGCCCUUCUCCAAUCCGUUUUAGACUCGAUGAGCCCCUGCGAGAAGAUGGACUAUGUCUUUGAUUGGCACGUGCAGGCUAGCAAGCCACACCUCCAACAAGCGGCGCUGCGCGACGAGAUCGCGCCUGCAAACGCCAAUGCUGCGAGCCGGCCCAAUAUUUUCAGCGGUGCGGAUGGCAAGGGUAUGUUCUCUGGCUUUGACACCAGCAACCAGCCUGAGAACAUCUUCAGCAUCGGUGACCACGACGCGUAA